ACGUUUACAGCUGUUUGCCAGUCGUCACCGGACCGCCGUCGUGUCUGGCGAAGGUCAUUAACGUCUUCGUCGUCGCCGCCGUCAUUAUCGCUGUCGUCGCAGGCGAUCACGUCUCCGUCGGCGCGCCAUUAUCGAUCGUUGUCGAUUUCACGUCGAUCACGUCGGUUGAUCCGUCAGUCCGUCUCGCUCGUAACCGACCGGGGUAGCCGCAGAAGAAGAAGAAGAAGAAGAUGCCAUCAUCAAGAGCUGUCGCGACGCCGGUUAUUUUCGUGGACUCGCGUAAACGCCUGCUUACGAAAGAACCGCGGAGGAGCUGAGGAGAAAGGAAGAAAGAAGUCUCUGGUCGUGUCGUCGCGGGAAAGAGAGAGAGAGAGAGGGACACGCGGAGGAGAGCAACUCCAAGCGCGCGCGCGCGUGUCCGAGCGAGCGCGCCUCGCGCUCGCUCGUAUCGAUUUCUCGAUUCGCAAAGUCAAAUCGCGAGGGACAAACGAGCGAACGACCAGUGUCGCGAGACAGUGAUCGAGUGCCCCGAGGAGAGUGUCUAUCCAUCGGGAUCGAAGGGGGAGACCGGAGAGACCACCAACCGGUUGAAAAACAGUCCUCGCGAUGGGCCUGGCAGACGCUGAUCUGUCUAUGGGCACAGGAGCAGCGGGAGGAUCCAUUCUCGGCCUUGCCGCUUCGGGGGUCACCGGCAUCACCGGAGUCACCGGUGUCACCGGAGCUGACGGUACUACUGGCGUCGCUGGAGUUGCCGGGGUCGCCGGGGUCGCCGGAGUCGCCGGGGUCCUAUCACAACAUUGCGCCAUAUGUGGCGAUCGCGCUACGGGGAAGCAUUAUGGAGCCUCGUCCUGCGACGGGUGCAAAGGCUUCUUCCGGCGAUCCGUCAGGAAGAAUCACCAGUACACCUGCCGAUUCAACCGAAACUGCGUGGUUGAUAAAGACAAGCGGAAUCAAUGUAGAUACUGUCGGUUGCGCAAGUGCUUUAAGGCCGGCAUGAAGAAAGAGGCUGUGCAAAAUGAGAGAGAUCGCAUAAGCAGCCGGAGACCCAGCUACGAAGAACAAUUGGCGAACAACGUCAACGGGCUUUCGGCGGUUCACUUGCUGCACGUUGAAAUGUUCAACAGACAGCAGACUGAGCCAGGCAGUCCGAACGGUGAGAUCGAUUUCGCAACGAUGAAAUUAGCGAGCAUAGAGGACGUGUGCGAGAGCAUGAGGGAGCAAUUACUGCUCAUGGUCACUUGGGCGAAAUCUAUUCCGGCGUUCGGCGAGCUCGUGUUGGACGACCAAGUGGCCCUGCUGAGAGCACACGCGGGAGAACACCUGUUGUUGGGGGUGGCGAGGCGCAGUAUGCGCCUUAAAGACACGUUAUUGCUGGCUAACAAUUGCGUCAUCACGAGAACUUGUCCUGUAAUGGCAUUUUGUUCAGAGGGACGCACUCAGGACGUAGACAUCAGUCGAGUCGGCGCCAGGGUGAUGGACGAACUAGUGAAGCCUAUGAACGACGUUCAGAUCGACGAAACGGAGUUUGCUUGCCUCAAAGCAAUCGUCUUUUUCGACUCACACGCGCAAGGCUUGAGCGAGGCCGGCAAAGUGAAGCAUAUGCGCACUCAGAUCCAGAUGAACCUCGAGGACUAUAUCAGCGACCGUCAGUACCACAGCCGGGGACGCUUCGGCGAGAUCCUGCUGAUGCUGCCGGCCCUGCAGUCGAUCACGUGGCAGAUGAUUGAGCAGGUGCAUUUCGUCAAACUGUUCGGCGUGGUGCACGUGGACACUCUGCUGCAGGAGAUGCUCUUGGGCGGCACUACGACGGAGAUGAACGGCACCGCCGCCUCCUCCGUGCCGAUCUCGAACCCGGCAGGCAGCUAUGUUAGCAGCAACGGCAGCCCCACCAGCCCGUUGACGCCCGCUAACGUCGGGUCGCCACAGGAUCACAUGCUGACCGCGGCAAGCAGUCCCGUCAUGAUCCUGAGGGAUCUCACGCCCAUCGCCGUGCAAGACGACGCCACGGUGUCCAGCUUCAGGCUCUUCAAGCAGGAGCCGAGCCUGGAGACCGAGCCGACCUUCUGACUAGAUGACGAGCUGAGCCCACCGAGCUUGUUGAGCAUGGCCGGCGAAGCUCCACUGAGCGUGCAAUGAGCGAUCGCAAUGAUGUGACCGGAUCGUAAUUUCGCGCCGGUAUAUAGCUCCUCGAUGCAGCAUCGGACAGUGCCGUGUGCCGCGUCAUUAUGCGACCCGUUUUCUAGUGCGUGUAUCGAACGUAACUCUGACGUACUCGUCAUAUCGGACCCCCUCGUGGUUACUUACACGACGCAAUGCGUUUAUUGGCGCGAGUAAAGAGUAUAGAGAUGAGGAAUCUGUGUCUGAACGCACCGACAGUCGGUAGGAUAAAGUUGCGCUUUCUACGGAUUAUUGCCUGUUUAAUCGUUAAGGCAAAUUACGUUUUCGAAACUUGCAAUUGAAAUGCUGUAUAUAAUAUCAAAUAUUUUGAUGAAAAAUUCAUUCUCUGCUCAACAAUUUUUGUAAGCAGAUAACAUUCUUCGCGAUAUUAAUGGAAUUUCCUCAGCCGUAUACGAGAUUCUGCACAACGCAACGCCGGCUGCUAAUGUGAUAACCGCGAUCUUUCGAAAUACACGUCAAAGAUAUAGAAUUCGCUCGACUCUCGUCAAGUUUUUGGAGCAAUUGAUUGCAACGCUAUUUAUAAGCACAACGUUCUGGGAAGAGAAAAAUUUCGUUAGCGCUAUCGAGGUUUUACGCGUUAUCGAGCGGGCUAUAUAUCAACAUCUCGUAUCAGGUGAGACAUAUCAAAAGAUAUCGACGCUUUUGAAAUGUCCUGUUGAUAUCGAGCCGUAUUUUCGUGGAGAGACGAACAAUCGCAUUUUUAAACUAAUUCUAAUCUUAAUUUAUUCACGGGAUGACGACAUCUCCCCUUUCUGGGAAUUUUUGUACAAAAUUUGUAUAUUAUCGGAGUAAAAUGAAAGUGGAACAGUGAAAUAAAUCGGACGGCAUUAAAAGUAGCAAAAAGAACAAGGGAGAAAGAUUACAAUUGCGCAUACAACUGCAAUAAUCAGAUAUUAAUAAUAAAAUGACGAUUAUAUUAGAGAUUUCGACUUUCUAUGAUAUUGGGUGAAAAGAGAACAAAGCCAAGAACAAAGAUUCAAGUACGAAGGAAACGGACAAAACACGAGACUAAAGAACGAGGGACUUUCCGCGAAAGUUUCCCUCAUGUGAAUGCGGGAAACGCUACACGUAAAUUGUGAUCGACGUUCUGCUCAAGUAAUUGCUCAAGUAACAAAACUCUAUAUACGUCGUUUAUCGUGUUAGUCAUAGCGUUAAAUCAAAUGUGAUUGUCUACGUUAGUCCAAGAAAGUCGGUUGGACUGGGUGAUGAAUCGAGAUUGGGGAGUACAUAAUAUACAUAUUAUCGUGAGGAACAAAUAACGAUAUAGAGAAAUCCCGAGCCCAAUCUGUGCAACGAUAAGUACGACGCAGCAGCGUGCUGUAUAAGAGUCGCGUUUCGCAAUAAUAAUUAAAAAAAAAAUCCGCACCUGUACAAAUAACGAUCGAUCACCGACCAAGAUAAAUGUGAUAAGCGAUAAGAUCGUAUCUUGCCAUUGCUAUUGCUGCAAUAAGAGAUAGUAUUCAAGCACGACAGUUUGUUUCCGAAAUCCGUGCUAAAACCAAAUCGAAGCGAACGGCAGUUGGCUCGCGCUUGCCUGCGCGCUCUCUUUCUCUCUCUCUCUCUCUCUCUCUCUCUCUCUCUCUCUCUCUCU